AUGGGGAAGCACCGCGAGGAGAAGCGGAAGGCCAAGUCUCGGAGCCGGGAGAAGCGCAGGUCCAACGGCCAUGCGAUGCCGAUGCCUUUGAUGGGCGGCAUGCCCUUCUCGCCCUUCAUGCUGCAGCAGCAGCAGUGGGCUGCGUUCAUGGCGAUGGCCAAGAAGAGGAAGAAGGAGAAGAAGAAGCGGAAGCGGCGGCGGGAGAGCAGCUCCAGUGACAGCUCCUCGUCCGCCGCAGCUGGUGAGACCACAGGCUUGGAUGAGUUCAUUGCGGCUGCGGCGAAAGCCGCGCGGAAGGACGAGGAGGAGCCGACCAAAGUGCCGUGCAAUCCAGAUGACAUGACAAGUCUGGAUGCCCUCAUUGCUGCAGGGCCUAGCUCCGAGGGCCAGGGCGAACCAACCGCCCCGGCCCCGGCCCCGGCACCGGCGCCAGCGCCGGCGCCGGGCUCGGCCCCGGCCACGGCGGCGGCGGCGCUGGCAAUGGGAGGCCCACCGGAGAAGCAUGGGGACACCUGGGAGGAGCCCCGUGAAAAGACGGGCCUGAAGCUGAUCGGCGAGGAGGCGCCCCCGAACCUCCCCUGGCGAUAUGUUCUGAAGGACGAGAGCCGGAGGAGCUUUGUGGGCUUCCUCCCGCGCACCUUGAGUAGAGACGUGUGCGCGUCCUUCUACGAAAAAGCCUUGUCAGGAGCCAACUGGCUGCAGCCUGCGGGGCCCAACGGCCCCAUCCCCCGCAAGACAGCCUGGAUGGUCUACUUCGACUGCGCGUGUACAUACAGAUAUGGCCGGAUUGAGGUGGAGCCGCAGCAGUAUCCGCAGUGGAUGUGCACGCUGAUGCAUUGGGUCAUGCGGGGGACUGGCCCAACAGCUGCAAUCUGA